AUGUACGGUGGUUAUUAUGUGAUGGGCCCUGGUAUGCACCAGGGCGUCGGCUACGGCGGCGGCCCUAUGAUGCAGCAGCAAUACCAUCAUCCACAGCAGCAACAGUAUGGCCAGCAGCAACCACUGCCGCAUGCGCAGGUACCCUUAUACAGCGCUGGGCGAGGUGUCUUACCAGGCCACCCGUCCCCGGGAUUUGUCGGUGGCCGCAGCGGGUCGAUAGCUAGCGGCGUCAGCCCAAGUCAGCUGAACCGCAACCCGAGCUUCAUGAUGAUGCGCAACCAGAGCAACUUUGGUCAGCCGAACCCGAUGAUGCAGCGCAUGGGCUCUUUCCACUCGAUGGGGUCGAUAGGAGUGAUCCCUCGCUUUGGCAGCUUUGGUGGGCAAGGCGGCGGCGGCAACCAACCGCAACGCCACGGGAGCUUCUCUUCGGUCGGUACUGGGGCUGGAAGCCUGCACCGUGUUAACAGCGGCAUGAACUUCGACUACUCGGCUGGCUCACAGGUCAGCAGUGGUGGCCCGCUCAUGCGUAACAACAGCUACGGCAGCAUUCGCCAGGGCGGUGGAAGCUUUUUCGGCGGUGGCACGGCCCCGAAUGUUGGUGACCGGCCUCCUCAGCAGCUCAGCCGGCAGAGCAGUGCCCUGAGCUGCUACAGCUAUGGUAGCUUCCGACAGCCGAGUUUUAUGCAUGGUAGCGUUCGCACUGGUGCCACCGGCGUCGGCCCAGAUAUGUCACUGAACAGCAUAAAUGGCAUGUUCAAGUACCCCAACUCCGGUAGCGGCAGGGCUGGCGGCCCCUCCACGGCUGCCGCCACCUGCGGUGACAUCGGGGCGAAGGGCGCUGCAGGCGUUCCCCCGGAGCCGCCCACAUCGGGCCUUGUUCGCCAGGACAGCGCAAAGUCUCUCCAGCGAAAGUACUCCAUAGCAGGUCAGUUCUGCAACUACGUCAGCAGCAACAACGGCGGUGGUGGCGGCCCGCUCGCCGCGUCCUCGCAGUUGCAGCAGCGUCUCUCCCAGGUUGUGCCGGGAGGUGGCCCACACAUGGGCGGUGGCGGUGGUGGCGGCAUGGUGGCUCUGAAUGGGCUCACUGCAACAGUAGAGCACCACGGCGGCCCCGGUGUCAUGGGGCGGCAGUGGCAGCAUCAAGUGAUGAUGCAGCAACAGGGGCCCGUGAAGGCGACUGGGGACGGCAUCGGUGGUGCUGCCGCCUGGGACGCGCCACCGUCAAAGGUGACGUCGGCGAACGCGAUGGUGGCGGAGGGCCAGCCGCAGGUGCUGGGGCGUAAGAACAGUGUACCGAACUUGACCCGUAAAAACAGUGAGAAGCGCGUUGGCAUGUACUUCAAGAACAAAGCGGCAGAGCAGGACGGCGUGCAGUACAAGAAGGACGGCGACCCGGGCACCUCUGGCAAGAGCAACGCCUGCGCCCGUGACCCAUCGCUGACGAAUGCGCUGAAAGUCUCCAUCUUGCUUGACACCUCUGGAGGCCGGAGCCCCGUGAUCGAGGUGGACGGCCACACCCUCCGUGCCGACAAGCCUGGCGCCGAGGAAGUCCAAAAGUACGAUAUGCACGACGUCAUGUACGUCAACCGCCGCACCGACAUUCAGCUUUCGAGCGACUCACUAGAGGAGAUGCGCGACAACUUUGUGUACGGGUGCAACGUGGGCAUGAUCAUGGCCGAUGCUGGCUUCCCCGCUGCGCGGCCGACGGAGUGGUUUACAUGGCUGGCGUUGAGGUCCGUGGUGAAGGGCGCGUUUGGCAAGCUGGCUUCUACGCAGUUCGAGUUCACCAUGUCGAUGUGCCUUCUGCAGGACGACCAGGUGCUGGACCUACUGGCCGAUCCACCGCAUCGCUUUGUGAUAUUAACCGUCGCGGAGAGCCCAUUGUUCGGCAACGUGGCCAACGGCAUGGUGUACGUCUGUGCCGAGAAUGCCGGCGAGUUCAACGACGUGCUAGAUGCAGCCCUGUGCCGCGCGCAGGAGUACUGUAGCCCCUCGGCCGAGGAGCAGGGGAUUGUACUGUGCACAUGCGUGCUGAAACAGGUCAAAACCUCACAGUCCUCCGGCAAGGAGGACGUCAUCGUCUCCUCUAUCUUCGCGAGCGGUGUCGGCGACGGCGUCAUUCAUUACAACCGCAUCAUCGACAAGAAUCCGGCUGAGCCGCGCGCGCUCUUCUACUCCGUCAUGCACCGGUCAGUGCACUCGACGGCACUCUUCUCGUGCGCCAUGCAUGAUGAUGAAAUUUUCAGCUACCUUGCGACGCUGCAGCGCUUUUCUAAGAUCGAGACGCGCCGCCCGAAGGUGGGCAGCGCGCGCGCCUUUGUCGCCUACGGCACUAACACGAUCCCGAAGAUCCGCGAAGACCUCGGCAAGGCCAAGGAUGUCCGCCAGCGGACCAUGAUGCAGCGGCAGCUGGAGAAGCUGGAGCUGAUGGUGGCCGAUGCAGAGGACAUGCUUCAGUCGCCGGCCGAUUGCGUGCCCAAGACGUACAUUUAA